AUGGCUGCAAAAAAAAGAAAUACCUUGAGAAAUAAGGCUGCUACUAGACUCGGAAACACUUCAAAGGUUGAUGAAGUAAAAACUGUGACAGAAUUCACAGAAGAUCCAAAGGCUUACCUUCAUCAAUUUAAAGAAACCAAAAAGGAGAAACUUAAUAACAAGCAAAAUGAUUUCUUGAGUAAGAUUAAAAAUAAUUCGGGGAGUUUGAACGCUGAAUUUGAUGGAAUAUCUAAGUCAUCGGUUAGACGUAGGAAAAGAAAGAUAAGAGAUAAUUUAAAACCAAGACUAGAUGAUCUUUUGACAUCUUUGCAAAAAGAAGAUGAUUUGGGCGAGUUUACAAGAGAAAAUGUAGAUAUGAAUGUUACAACUGAUAAUAUUAAUAUUGAUCAAAAUCCAUUCUCUCCAUCUGUAGUAAACCCACCAGCAAGAAUUCAAGUCACCAAAAUAGUUAAACGUGUGGAACCUGGUUCUAUAAAGAAAAGGAAGAAUGAGCCAAAUAUUAGGAAUAAAAAAGGUGCAAAAUUGUUAGCUUCUAAAGAAAGAAAGAGGUUCAAUGAGGUUAUAACAAACCAAGUAUUUAAACAAAAUUCCUUUAGCGCCCUUAGAGAUAUUAUUAAGAUGCAAAAGGAGUAG